AUGCAAUCCGCACAACCUAUCAUAUCUCAUGUCAAACGACAGGACCCUGUGAUAGACGGGCCUGCUCCUCAUAUCACGGAAUACAAACACAUUUUCUUCCCCCACCUCGCCUGUAUGAGCAAAACUCAUUUAGAGGCAUGGAUCUUCGAUGCUGUCGACUUGACAACCAGCAACGUUGCAGUGACUAUGACAUUUUUCCGAGACGGAACGCAAACUGCAUUAGGAAAAUGCCCAAUACGUUCUACAUUUCGAGCAAGCUUGCCAGAUGGGACGAAGAUUGCAAGUGAACUUUUUGCUUCAGAGAGUGCUGUCGAAGCCAACCUGGAGGCCGGGAAGAUCACCGGGAAAUGGGUAGGAGGAAGGAAAGAGGACGAUUCUGGCGAUGCAGGAUGGGCACAGUAUGAAGUUUCACUUGAUAUGUCUGAGGCAACCGUUACCAUUAACAUGCCCACUACCCGAGGGACCUUAACACUUCAACAACGAGGUGGGAGAAAUAUUGAAAACUCUACAGAAUCCCAGUUGAUAGGGCCUGGCCUAUCUUGGGUUCAUUCAAUUCCUCGUGCAAAGGCAAUUGCGGACUUCACUUUUAUUCAGGAUGGAGAAUCCAAAAACCUACAAUUUGAAGGAUGUGGAGGUAAAGAUUACUGUCGUUCUACCGAACCUAUGCAAGAUAUGAUGGAAGGCACUACCUACGUUCGAGGCCACGCGGGUCCUUACACAUUCGCACUCUUCCGUCUCUAUAGUCGUCUGCAUCCCGGCAAGACAUAUACCCGGGCUACUUUGGUGAAAGAAGAUGCAGUACUUUUUGAAAUGGUCUCAGAUGACAGUGUCUCCUUGAGUGACAAUUACUUAGCGUUUCGUUCUACCUACAGCGGAGAACUUAGGGGAAACUACUCGGACCACACGACUGGCUACAGAAUUGAUUUCGUAUCUCCCGGUCAGAAUAAGCACUGGUCUUUUGAGCUCAAACAUGAAACGUUGUGGUGGAGCAUGCCUACGGAGGCACCUCCUGCAAAAACAGGAAAUAAUGGCUUCAUCUCAACAGUAACUGGGGGCGAAAUCGGUGAGCCGGCAAAGAAAGGGAUGGCUACCAUUGUACAUAUUCAAAUGACGGCACUGAAAUCUGACUAUAAAGGGAUUAGUAACCGUCAACUGUAA